UUAAUAGGUUUUAACUAAUUGUCGUAUGGGCGCAAUCAUAUCCCGAUUUGCAAGACGGUUCCUUCCUAGAACUGAAGUUAGGAUUCUAAUGGUGGGGCUUGAUGCAUCUGGGAAAACAACAAUUCUGUACAAGCUGAAGCUGGGAGAAAUUGUUCUAACGGUGCCCACCAUCGGUAUCUGCCCCCAUAAACUCUUCACUUUCCAUGACACAAAACUGGCUUCUGGUCUAUCUCGUUUUAAUGUGGAGACAGUGGUGUACAAAAAUAUAAGUUUCACCGUAUGGGAUGUAGGAGGACAGCAAAAGAUUCGGCAUCUAUGGAGACAUUACUUUCAGAGUGCCCAUGGACUUAUCUUUGUCGUGGACAGCAAUGAUAGGAGGAGAAUUUUGGAAGCACGGAAUGAGCUACAUUGCAUUUUAUCUCAUAUCGAACUAAAGGAUGCAAUACUGCUUGUCUUUGCUAACAAGCAGGAUGUCCCAGAUGCUAUGCCUGUUUCUGAGGUUGCUGAUAAGCUUGGACUACCUACUCUUAAACAGCGUCACUGGUACAUUCAAAGCUCUUCUGCGACUUCGGGACGUGGACUAUAUGAAGGUCUAGACUGGCUAUCUAACAACAUCUCUAACAAUCCAGCAUAACAUGGGAAAUUUUCCCCUGUUUUUGCAAGAAAGCUAAAGGGACUUCUAAGGGUUGCAGUGUAUCUUCCUUGCUAAAUCGGCCCGGUCAUAUUACCCUUCAGAGGACGCAUUAUAUGUAUCUUCGGAACUUUCCCUCUUAUCUUGAGUUCCAAUUUCCAAUCUUGUUUUGACUUAUCAGUACGAAAGGCAGAGAUAUCAGAGGAAUCUCAUAUAGGAUUAGAACCUCCUCGUGCACGUUGUAUCCGCCCAUGGCUGUUAUGUUUAGUGUAAAGAAAGAUAGCAUCACUGUAUAGAAUCACCAUGAAGCAGUGCUCUCACCCGAUGCAUUUAGCUUCGGUGCCCUAAAUAUGACCGUGGGGAUUAUAACUGGUCCAAUAAUAGAAAUGGAAGCCGGUGAGGAAUA